AUGACCUCACAUAGAACUACGGGCAGUCUAAAUCUGCAGCCUAUGAACAGCGCAAACUACACAGCAGCCCAAGACGGAGUACAAGAUUUGCCAAGUCCUACAAAUACUGAGAGCGUAGGAGAUAAGCCCAGUGUUCAUGCCGCAUGUCCUACAUCGCAGCCUAUUGUCGACAUGGCUACGGCGUCGUUACCCAACGAAGAGCGGCAAUCUCAGGCCAAGACAGAGCCUAAAGAGCAAUCAUCAGAUUCCCGUCAGUUGCAGCCGCCAGAACCACUAGCUGUGCCUCCCGCUCCAUCACUCAUAUCUCCUUCCGAUCCGCCGCCAGAACAAAGAAAUAGCUCACCUAUGGCUCAAGCCAUUCCCGGCAAACCGAUGACUUUAUAUAUUGACCAAAAAUCGCUAAGCGAGUCCCCUCCGCCGCGAACGAAAUCGCCGUUUCGGGACUCGCCCAACAUCUUCAUCAAGCAAAUAAACGACCAGCGACGCCCGAUGUAUACGCCUGCUGUCUUGCGCUCAGACAGCAUAGGCCAAGCAAGCACGGGAAGCGAAACAUUCGACGUCUACAAACCCCCAGAACGCCCUAUAUUGAAAUCAGCUCUUUCUUCGUCAUCACUCAGAUCGCUCACAUCUAUCACAGACUAUUUCGGGGCCUUUGUGAGAGGCUAUGGGGGGAAGCCAGCUCAGAUAGAAGGGCCUACGAGGCGGCAUUGGAAACCCAAUAAUAGUCGGUUCAGUUGUGCCAAGUGCAACAGGAUUUUCCAUUUCAUGACGGACAGCCGCAGAAAACACCAUUGUCGCUACUGUGGUGAGAUAUUUUGCAACGACUGCUUGAAGAACUUCGUCUAUCUAGAUGCCAAUGCGCAUUUCACCCUAUUUGGCAGCUCCGAAGACCAUCUGGAUACGAAAGACAAAAAAUAUCUCUGCAAAGUUUGUCAAAAUUGCGCUCAAAAAUACGAGGUGUAUCUGAAAGAGCAUACCGCAAAGAAUUUGGAUCUAGACUCAAAUAGAAACACAAACGGCAAAGUCAGCACUACGAGGAGGGAAACAAUAGCAAACAAUCAAAAUCCGAUGCCCGCAGACUGGGAUUGGAGUUCAUUUUGA